GCGUCUCUCCCUCCUCGGCCCGCACGCGCACCUCUCGUCGGAUCGAUGCACGACGAGCACGAUCGUCGUCGGCGGCGUCUCGCGCGCGACGACGACCAUCGUCAACACGGGGACGACCGCGCUGUGGUACGAGUGGAAGCGCGUCGCGCCGCGGACGCUGCCGCACGCGACGGGGACGGGACCCGAGGCGUUUUACCUCGCCGACGUCGAGGGCAGCGUGUUGCCCGGGCAGUCGAAGGAGAUUGUCUGGACGUUCAAGUCGGACAAGCCGGGGAUGUUCAUGGACAAGUGGCUGGUGGAGACGAGGCCGAAUUUGCGCAAAGGGCCGAUGCCCGCGGUGACGCUGCGAGGGUUCGCGACGCCGGAGGACGAGCACUCGCAUCCGCGACGCGGGCUGACGAACGAGAUGGAACGCAAGGAGAUGGUGCACAAGGUGUCCACCGCGGUGUCCAAGGUUUUACGCGCGGUGAAGACCCCGGCGACGGCGACGGCGACCGACCUCACGAAGCGCGGGCCGGAGAGCAACGCGGACGCCGCGCUGUGGCGCGCGGGGAACCGCGGGCGACGACCGAGGGUGUAUUACACGCACGAGGGCUUCGUCGCGUUGAGGGAGAUUCGCGAGAAAGCGCGCGCGAAGCGGUUCGCGAUCGAGGGUGAACCCGAGCCGCCGCCGCCGCCCGCGGAGGGCGAGGAGCCGCCCCCGGACGAGAGCGUCUGGAUCGGCGCCGUGGACGCGGUCGCGAAGGAGCUGGACUCGCUCCAGGCUGCGAUCGAGAACAACCCGGACUACGUCGACCCGGACGCGCCGCCGCCGCCGGCGGAGGGCGAAGACGCGGCGCCGUUUGAGACGCCGUCGGAUGUCUUGAUGAACCUUCGCGGCGACUACGAGCGCGCGAUCGAAGAGGCGCUGCUCCCGGAAGGACGCGCGGACUUGCUCGCGGUCGCCGCGAGCGAGUCGCUCGCGAACGCGCUGUCCGGUGUCGACGACGCCGCGGCGGCGGCCAUGGCGGCGCACGGCCCGCCGCCCGAGGAGGAGGAGAAGGAGGGCGGCGACGCCGAGGCGGACCCUGGGGGCGACGCGGCUCAGGCUCCACCCGCGGGCACGCCGCCGAGGAAACCGCCGUGGAAGCCGCGGUACCUGCGCCAGCUCCGAGAGUCUGUCAGCGCGAUGCUGUGCGACGCGGUGGAGACGUUCGAAGAGAUUGCGAUCGGACGCGCGGAGGCGGAGGUGAACAAAGAGUCGCUGCGACGCGUCCGCGAGAUGCGAGAGACGCGCGCGAACGAUACGGUGACUGCGCGCGGCGGGUCCGGUCCGCACGCGGAGCUCUCCGUGAGCGAGGCGAUCGGGUUAUCUCCCGGGAUGAACGGGAAGGGCGCGCUGGAGUGGGACGUGUACGACGCGCUGAGACGGCGGAAGAUGCUGCUGGGGCGGGAGCCGAGCGGGACGAUGUCGGCGUUGGCCUCGCCCGUCGCCGCGUCCCCGUCGCCGGCGAAGUCGGCGAGGAGCGGCGACAGCGCGUCCGGGAGCGGCGCGGGGACGCCGAGG